AAGCGGGGGCUAUAAUCAACGGGACUGCAUCAUCAUCUCCUCACUUUCGAAAAAGCUUCGUACUCGACACAUUAUACCAGCAAACGUUCACGAUGAACACAGUCGACUCGCCCAAAGCAUCCGAAUAUGAGCGUCCUCCGGUGAUGGAGCACUUCAAGCAGUCGAGAUCUACCAGGAAGCUAAACACGCAGCCCAGUGUGCCGAUGCUGGGUGUAGGUGGCAAACAGCUCUCACAGGACACAGUGCAGUGGGAUCCAACACCUGAACCCUCGACCAACUACGUGAACAGCGAUCAACCGCCACAAGCUCAGACAAACGAAACCGAUCAAAGCAACUCAACUACAGUCAGUAAACUCGCUUCACUGCUGUGUUGCCGGCGACAAUGAGGUGACUUAAACCUAUACCGGAAUAAUGUCAACCGAAAUAAAAAAAACAUUAGUUUAAUCCUCG